AUGAGGAACUGGCUCCACAAUCCGAGGGACGACAAAGAGUCCAUCCGGAUCGUCGGCUUCAUUAAUAUCAACCGGGAAGAAACCAACCUUUGCGCAGAGGAUCUGGUUCGCGUCUUCCUCGCGCGCCGGGUGCUGCCUCUUCAGCGGCGCGCCCACAAGAUCAGCGAGAUGUCGGGGCCAAUGGACCCGACAAGGAUCACAACCCACCGGCUUAGCCCUACGGACUUGGUUCUUAAGGCCAAGCAGAUCUGCCAGAACCCGCUGAGCUCUAGCGGGAGCACAAGUGCGGGGCGCGCGGCCCCUAAACCUCCACAGCACCGCGCGGAGGAGAAACAUGUUUCUCCUCCCAAGACUCAAGAUACUGGCGCCAGCAACAUCGGCGCCGGCGCUGAAGACAUUGGGCAGGGGGAACCUCUCGUUCCUCCUGUCCCAAAAAAGAAGAAGAAGAAUACUGCUUCCUCCCCCUCCAAGGUCGUGCCUGACUCUUCCGGGCCGGCCAGCUCUUCUCCGGCCAAGGAAGUUCAUGGGGCUUCUGCGCCGUCCAGGGCUCCGACGCCUCCGCCGGCCGCUUCUACCGGCGGGCCCGCUCCUGCGCCUUCCUCGCUGGUGCUGCAUGCCAGCCACACCUCCGUCGUGGCCGGAGAAUCGGCUUCAGCUCAGCUGGGCCGGAUCACCGAGCUGACCCGCGGAGGGGUCGAACUGGGGCACCUCACUGACUACGCCCACAAGUGGAAUCAGGCGGAUUUGUCCCCUGCGACGUGCGGCCUGGGGAAGGAUAAGCUGCCGGUUGCGGACCCCGCCGGCCCCCGUAGCACCGUCCAGCACCUUGGCCGGCUGCGGCGCGCUGUCAAAGAAUUUGACAUUGCGUGGCACGACGCCAACAACAAUGUGGUGAGCACGGCGACCACCCGGAGACAGCUCUUUGAAGAGCUGCUAUGGGAGCACCGGGAGCUUUCGGAAGCCCACAGCCAAUGCCAAGAUUAG